AUGACUCAGAAGACAGAUUUCAGCAGCUUCAAGAAGCUCCAAACGACUGGUGCUGAUCUCACAUGUUACUCUGUAGAACUUGCACAAGAAAGAUCAACUCGUUCUCUCACUUUGCGGCGAUCUAAUCGACCGACUAUUGCAGGAGUGUUCGGCAAACGCGGAAACAACCCAGGUCGAACAUUACUUUUUGAUCCAUCUCGCUAUCCCUUCUUAAAUCCGGAGGUUGCCGUUCAAAUUUUGCAAUCCGGGAAUGCAUCAAAAAUUAGAGAGUUUUCUGCAAAUAUUUUAACUACUGCAGCAGCUUCUCCAAAGCUCCUGACACCUCUUGCAACCUCACGUCAGGUCUGCGACUCUUUGAACGCUGCAUUCGCUGCAGAUUUCCCAGAGGCGACAAUAGUCGAUUUAAUCAACAUCCUUGCUGCACUAUUUCCUCUGGCCGAUAACAUGAAAGAAGCUUAUAUCGAUAACGGCAUCGUAGGAACCGGAAAUGUUAUGGAUUACUUAACAUGUGAUAAUCCUACUCUUGCCUGCAACGCAAUUCUUCUCAUCAAAGUUCUUUGCGAUGCCUCAGUGUACGCUCGCGAUUCUGUUCUUACAUUUGGAAUUCAUACAACAUUAAUGUCAAUUGCUCAAGAAGCAGCAGAUGAAACAGUUGCUGUUGAUGCUUGCAAGUCAAUUGCAUCAGUAUUUUAUUCCUCAGAACCCAUUGAUUCAAAUAUUUUAUCCGAUGCUGUCAAACCUCUUUCAGAUUUGCUCAGUUUGCCAUAUCCAGCAGCUGUAUGCUCAAUUCUCAAUGCAUUUGUCUCAAUUACAACCCAUCUCCCUGAAGUUAUCAUGGAUAUCUUUGAUAGUGGCAUUGUUCCUUCAAUUAUCGCAAUGCUUGAGAACCCAGACCUUGUAUCAAGUGUUCUACCUCUUAUUGGCAACCUUUGCGCCUCACAUCCUUCACAUAUUCAACAAAUGUUCAACCUCGACUUAAUUCAGCACUUAACACCACUUACAGCGACUCCACAUUGCGGCGAUGUCUUCUUCGUCUUCUCAAACCUCGUUACGAACGUUCCAAACCUCAUUAUGCCCUUCUUUGAUUCAUCUUUCAUUGAUUCAGCGAUAGAAGUUGCAAUGACCGAACAAUACGAUACCAAGAAGGAAGUUGUUUACUUCCUCGCUACUUACAUUAUCCAUCUAUCUACAGAAAGCAUGGUUUCGCUGAUGAGAUCAGAUGUCGUUGAUUUAAUCAUCGAAAUGCUCAACUGCGGAGUCACUGCAACAGUUCUGUCCUGUCUGGAUGUCAUUCAGAAGUUCUCUCUCGCUGUUUCGCUCGGAGAAGCUGACAGUUCUCUGAUUUCGGAGGAUCAGUGGGAGGAUCUCCACAACGCACUGGAGCAACUAACAGAUAACGACCGCACGCAGCAGAGCAUCAAAGAAAAGGCUGUUUUCUUGAUGGAAAAAAUUGAAUCUGUUAUGGGAAAGACAGACUAA